AUGGGCGAAGUUGAUACAAAACCAUUCGAAUCAGUCCAGGCUGCUCUUUCCUUGUUUGAGGAGAAAUCCGAUCAAAGAAAACAUCGAUCGACCAGCACCGAGGUGAAAGACUCAGCUUACAAGCAAGCUCUUCUCAAGCUAGAUAUAUACCAACAAGUCGUCGACGAAAUCUCUACCAAGCUCAAGAAUUCCGAGGCUACAAGAGAGAAAUCCUAUGAAGAAUGUGCAGAAACUAGUGUUGGAAGCUAUGCUAAUAACCUCGAGUCCAAGAUCAAGGAUCUAACCGAGCAGUUGGAGGAAUCCGAAAAGGCCAAAGAACAACUUCUAUAUGCACUUGAAAAAUCGAAAGCCACUGAAGAGGAGCUUGCAGCUGCACAACAAGAACUUAAGGCCAUUAAAGAAUUGAAACUAGCUGUGACAAUACAUGCUGAACAAAUGGAAUUUGCAGCUAGCGCGGAGAAAGAAAAGAACAAGGAGCUUGCAGAACGUAUCAAGGAACUCAAUGAAGCUGUUGUUCUUCUGAAUGAGGCUGCAGGGGAAGCAGAAAGAGAGAAAUUUAUGAUGUUGACAGAUUUGGAUGAUCUGGAAGACAUGAGAAAACAAGUGGGAAUUAUAUAUGAAUUGGAGAAUCAGAUUGCGGCCAAGGCCUUGUUGAUUGCUUCAUUAAAUUCGGAACUUGACGAAGUGAAAGAGUCUCACAGUGCAUCUUUGCAAGCUGCAUCUGAUGCUGUUAAUGAAAUACACAAACUGAGAUUGGAAAUGGAACUCUCAAAGGGAGUCAACAUUGACAAAGAAAUGGAAACAGAACUGAACCAGUUCAAGUCAGAACUAGAAAAUGCAAAUGAAGAGGUUAUCCGUUUGAGCGGUGUAGUUGAAAUGCUUACAGAUGAGAUGAAUCAUCUAAAAAGAGAAAUGCAUGACAUUCGAGAAAAAGAAUCAGCAACACAGGUUGAAAUUGCAAUGCUGAAAUCAGAGACUCAUAGUGGGAGAUCAAAAAUUUUAGAGGCUGUAGCAGGUGAAGCAAAAGCAAACAGCGUUCAAGCAGGGAUAUAUCGUGCUGCCCUACAACUUGCAAUAGAAGCUGAUGCAGCCAAGAAGGAAACUCGGAGACUACAACAAGGGAACUCUUUUGCUUUCCAUUCCCAGUUUGAUGACUCCUCUCAAGAUCUACAAGUAACAACCCCCCGACUUACGAAGUUAGUGAGUUUCACGGAAGAAGGGAGAGAUGGGUUUGAUCCCCAGAUUAUGAUUUCAAUGCUAGAGUACGAGUCGUUGAUCCGGAAGGCUGAGAAAGCAGAUCAAACUGCAAUUUUCCCAACCCAAGUCGCAUUGAAUUUGAUUGCAUAUGAUAGCGAUAGUGAUUAUGUCAUGUUAAAGAAAGUGUUAGAAGCUUCAAUGGCAGAAAUAGAUAAACUGAAACAGUUUUCAGAAAAAGCUGUACAGAGGGCUGAGAUGGCCGAGAGAGCAAAGGAGGGGGUUGAGGACCAGCUGAGGAAAUGGAGAGAGCAAAAGCAGAGAAGAAGAGUUGCAUUGGCUUCAUUCCGCAAUGAACGGAUGCAGAAAGAAAGUAAUCCAGCUAGAUUAGACAAGAUUACAUCUAUGUAUGAGGCAAUGCCAUUAGGUAAAGUUCUGAACAUGAAAAUCUAG